ACUGAGAUUUAUAUCUCUGAUUUGCCAUAAGUCUGUCUAAACAACCCAAAGUAGGCAUCGGUCUACGUAGCCUGCGCCGUAGCUGCUCGAUGGACACGACGGAGAACUCGCUCCCGAUGGUUCUGGGCGCCGUCCAGGCACUCUACGGCAUGGAAGGAGCUGCGCGACAGCGAGAAGCCAAUGAAUUCCUCAACAACUUUGCAGCUUCGUAUGCGGCGUGGUCCGUAGGCUUCCAAUUAUUACAGGACGAGACUCUGGCGCUGCCUCCGGAGGCGCUCUUCUUCGCAGCCAACAUGCUCCACACCAAAGUGCGCAAGGAAUGGGUGCGACUGCCAACAGAGCAGAAGAUAGCCAUGACAGUACCACUACAGACAAUCAUGCAGAUGCUGCGGGCUGGUACACGACCGGGAUUCGACCAGGGGCCGCUAACCAGCAAGCUUUGCGCCAUAUACGCGGUGGUAAUGAUCUCGUCUCCGGACGACUGCAGAGCUUUGUUGUCACAAUUGCUGGCAAGUUGCUCGGCAUCAGGAGAAGCUGGAGAAAUUGCGUUCUUGCUGACAUUUUCUCGCUGUGUUUGUGAGGAGAUGGAGGACGCUGAGUUGGCAUUCGCUGCCAAAGAUGCAAUGGAGAUGCACCUCUCUGCGCUGAGUGGAGACUUGGUUACGCUGACCGGGAAAAUCGUGCUCACACGUGGAGAUCAGGAUGCGCGUGUGGCCUCACUUCAUGGUGAAGCUUUAGCGUGUUUGAAUGUGUGGGUUCGACGCGCCGGCCUCUCGUUGGCGUCGCUCUACUCUAAGGAUGAAGCCGUACUGCUUUCACUGCUCGAGGCCCUACAGAACAAAUCACAGCAUUUACAAGCAUGUGCUGAGAUCUUAACGAAACUUAUUACGGUAGCGUCAUACCCGACUCCAACUCAGUUGGAACAGACUCUACUAGUUGUGGCACAGGGAUUGCUCAAGACUCGUGCAGCGUGCGAAAGCGCUCUUGCCGCUGACGAAGACGACGUGAUCCACGCACUAACUGAUGUCAUCUCAACAUUCUGUGAAACAUAUGCGGACUGGAUUCUGGAGGGAGAAUAUCCACAGGAAUCGGCUGCUCUGGGCGAGCUCAUGCUGUAUCUGGGCUCACAUCCGCGGCGACAGAUUGCGUCCCUCACUCUGGAGUUUUGGAUGGUCGUUCAGGAUGAACCUGUCGCGUCACGGUAUCAAUUCUUCCAGCAUGACGCCUUCGUACGGCUAUUUGAUGUCAUGCUCAAGCAAUGCUCGUUCCCUGCAGGUAACGCAGAGGAUAUGGAUGAACUGGAGCUGGACGAUCUCAUGGCUUUCCGAACCGGUUUCCAGGGUGUCUCGGAAGCCUUCAUAUCGAUCUUUACGUUACUAAAGGAGCAAUAUCUUGCUCAUCUUCUUCCUAUCCUUACGUCGGCUGCAUCGAGUGAAUGGCAGAGCGUUGAAGUCGCUCUGUUUGCUGUCUCUACAGUGGCUGAUGAGAUCAAGAAGAAGCUGCCGACGGCAUCCGCUAGUACCCCGCAGCAAGCAGAGUUGGAGAGCAUGGUGUCACAAAUUAUGCAGGCAGUGUUGAGCUCAACAGCAAACACGCAUCCUCUCGUAAUCACUACAGCUUCGAAGCUGUUGGGUCAGUUUGCUGCGUGGAUCAACGACAAGGCGUUGACUGCACGAGCUUUCGACACUGUGGCGGCUGUUCUACAGUACCUGACUGGUGCACUUGGACUUGAUGCGAGUCGUAGUAACGCUGCCAAGAGUUUCAUGCAAGUUGCAACGAACUGUACGGCAUGUCUAGCCGAGAUGCAACCGAACUUCCUCGUGGCUAGCGUGCAGCAUUUCGAUGCUUCUGGUCAACAAGCUAUGCCGAUCGAGGAUCGAUUACUGGUCGUCGAGGGUCUCGUUCGAUCCGCAGCUGUAUCUCCCCACUGUCCGAUGAUUCUACAGACCGUUCUCAAUGACUCACUGAUCCGUCUGGACCAAGUAUUGAUAGCAACUGGUGUUGAUGAUGUGGCUGUGGCUAGUUUUGUGUGCAGCGAGCUUCAGGUACUUAGCAAGGUGAUGCGAUUCCUGGACGCUCCUGCAGACGUAGCGGGGGGCAAGGGUGUUACGGGGUGGGCAGUGCAGCAGAUUUGGCCCCACUUGGACCCCAUUACUCCACGAUUCGAAACCUAUGAGGUUGUGAUGACUGCUCUGUUCGAGUUGUAUGGAUGGUGCUUGCAGAGUCUAAGACAAGAAAUGGCUUCCGAGCUCGGAGGAAUCGCUACAUUAAUCCUUCGAGUGUUCGAGCAACGACGUUUUGUGGCUCCACUCGAGUGCGCGUCUGUGGCUGUGGAUGUUUUCGGAAAGGAUGCAAGCGCUGACAUUGUCGAGAGUUUCCGGGGGUUAAUGGGAGCAUUGAGCCAGUCGGCGUUCCAGUUCUUCACGACUCAUUCACUGGCCGAGUCACCAGAUGUGCUGCGUUCCUUCUUUGAGCUGGCCUAUCGCUUCUUGCUCUUCUGUCCAGCAGCGUUGCUCUCUGCUCCCGAGUUCCCGGUGCUUAUCGAUCUCGCACUGGCUUGCCUGGGCAACCAGGAUCGUCCAUCUACCAAUGCAGUGGUCAUGUUUCUCACUUACCUGCUGAACGAGAGCACGAUCAAACUGGCCUCGUUCACAGCAACAAUCAACGCCAGUGUGUUGGAUGCUGGUCAGACUGAGAAGUGGCUCGACAGUCUCAUUGGAGCGCUAGCUUCGAAAAGUCCUAGCGCUCUCUAUGACGCGUUGUCCAAGCUCUUUUACUCACUGCUGACGAGCUUUGCCGACAAUGAGCGCGUGCGAGCGGCGUUGAUGCAGUCACUAACCCAUGACGCACUUGGUGUGACGGAGCUUCGUCCAGAAGACCGACAACAAGUACUUCACUUGUGGCUAUCACUCGCUUCUCAGCCCUCACGCUAUUCAGAACGACGCUUCCGUGGCCUGUGCUCCGAGUUUGCUAAAGUCUGUCGCAAGGAAAUGACAGCAGACGUGCUCCACUCGAUCGAGAUGCCCAACUAGCAAUAGAAACUGCUACCAUAUCACCUGUAGUCAUACAAGUGUGUGUUUCAUGCAAGGUCGUUUAUCACAUGUAUUGACUGGCUGUAGACAAAAUGAGCCAUCACAAGCACAAAGUUCUACCAAAAUGAUGCAGCGUUUCCGCGUUGAUGGCAGCAGAGAUCUGCAGUAUUAAGCCAGCUCUCCGACCUACAAUAUAUAAGAACUGUUAGAAUGCAAGUCACCUUGUCAUCAUUAACUUGCCACGUACGAUAGGGUACUUCUCGUAAUAGAACUCCUU